ACCGGAAAAGGCGCAGUUAGCGCUAGUAGCCCAUCAGUGGAUGACUAUCGUUUUUGUAGGAUGAAACAGAUAAAGGAAGCCUUCUUUAUGUGUUCGGCUUUGUCUUCCGUUGUUGGUGAAUGAAUCUGCAGGUGAUAAUUCCGCUGUUGUUGCAUUGUGAGGAGGAGCUUUAGUGAUUCGCACUAUCUCACUGAAGCUAAGGUUUACCAGAUACGUUGAGCUUCACUGUUUACCAAACUGUCAUCUGGGCUGCCGACUACAAGUAUGCCAAAGGGGACAGACCACCUGGAGUGUGAAGGAGACGAGGAGUCAAAGGAGAGGAUGCAAGAUGCUUCUGAGGAGAAAGGGAGGAAAAGGGUCUGUGCAGAUACUCCAAGCCCGACUAGAGGGGAAACUCCUCAAGCCAGUCCUCCCAGGUUUGUCUCGGUGGAGGAACUGAUGGAAGCUGCCAAAGGAGUCACAAACAUGGCUUUGGCUCAUGAGAUAAUGGUCAACCAGGAGUUUCAAGUCAAACCUUCAGAGCUACCAGAGGGGAGUUUGGAGCGCAGAGUGAAGGAUAUUAUGCACAAAGCUUUCUGGGAUUGCUUGGAUUCUCAGUUGAAGGAGGAUCCACCAAAGUAUGAAAAUGCCAUUAAAUUGCUGGCUGAGAUUAAAAAGACGCUACUGUCUUUCUUGCAAACGGGCCAAGGACGUCUGCGCUCCCGUAUAGAGGAGGUUCUGGACCUGCCUCUCUUACAGCAGCAGGCUGACAAUGGAGCACUUGACAUCAGUCAACUGUCCGAUUUCAUCAUGGGGAUGAUGGGUUCGCUGUGCGCCCCCUGCAGAGAUGAGGACAUCAAUAACCUGAAGGAGAUCACUGGUAUUAUUCCUCUACUUAGGGCAAUAUUCUCUGUACUGGAUUUGAUGAAGAUGGACAUGGCUAACUUUGCUCUGAGCAGCAUUAGGCCUCAUCUAAUGCAGCAAUCAGCUGAGUAUGAGAGGAGCAAAUUCGGGGACUUUUUAGAGAAGCAACCCAAUGCUUUAGACUACACUGAGAAGUGGCUUGAGAACUCAAUGAGAUCUCUGAGAGAAGCCAGGGAGACUGGCUCUGCCUCAUCUGAGCCUCCCUCACUCAGUCCAGUUGAUGUCCAUAAUCAUGCCUAUCUACUCCUGCUGAAGUGGGAUCACGCGUCUGACCCAUUCCCAGAGACAGUGUUGAUGGAUCAGGUUCGCUUCCAGGACAUGCAGCAGGAGGCUGAGAAGUUAGUUCUGCUCUCCUCUGUGCUCCUCAUCGUCUACACGUCCACAGGAGAAGCUAUCUCUGGCCUCCCAGGGCUUAUUGAGACUCUUAAAAACACUGUCAAUGUCAUGCUUGCAAACAUACACACACCGUCAUUUAGUGAACAGGAGGCCUUAGCCACCAUCGGGGAGAAACUGUGCGUUGAUCUGACGGAGUGUCUUAGCAAACAUGGAUAUGCUCCCUUCUCAGCUGAACAACAGAACACUUUCAGGGGACAAAUCUCAGCCACCAUCCAGCCAGACAACACAGUCCGCAAGCUGAUUGACUCACGAGUUCAGAGCUAUUUCCUGGCUUCCCUUGAGUCCAGUCAACAUAAGAGCCCUUCUCUCCCAGGAGGUCUGACUCCAGUCAGCAGGGAGCUCAAAGAGCUGGCUGUUCGAUUCAGUCGCCUGGUCAACUUCAACAAGCUCGUCUUCUCCCCAUUCUACCAAAAGAUUCUCCAUAAGAUACUGACAACAGGGGAGAUUCCCAGCAUUGAUACAUAAGCAUGCAUUUCAAAGAUCUGUCAGUCGUUGUUCUAUACUGUAUACCUUCACUAGUAAAAUUGAAUAUGAAGAGAAAGGGUUAAGGAAGCUGAUCUAUAUUUAGCAAAAAAAAAACAGUUCUCCAUAGUUGCACCUUAAACCGCCAUAAUUAAAAACACUGGCUUGCAUCCCAGCCACAUUAUAUCACAUUUUUACUUGUUUAAUAAAACUCAGCUCUUAUAUUAGUGACCUAACAAUUAAAGAAGUGAAGUCAACAAUGUUAA